UACUGCCGGUCCCUCCUUCAGGCCCAUCCCAAGAUGGCGGAGAUCCCCCUGUACUUUGUGGACUUGCAAGACGACUCUGCCCCGGGAUGGGUCGAGGGGGUAGUCCCAAGUCCCAGUCGACUCAGGGAGGACGGGGUGCCUGCCACUUUGGAGAUGGAUUUGAAGACUAUGGUCCAGAUUGCAACAGCAUGAGAGUAACGGCCUUCUUGGAUGUUCCAGGCCAGGAUAACCUGCUUCCGCUUACUCGCCUGGAGAAGUAUGCCUUCAGCGAGAACACCUUCAACCGGCAGAUUAUUGCCAGAGGGCUGCUUGAUAUCUUCCGGGACUUCAGUAACAAUGAGGAGGACUUCCUAACAGUAAUGGCAAUCGUGGUCAGAUUGUCAGAAGAUGCAGAGCCCACAGUGCGGACGGAGCUGAUGGAACAGAUUCCUCCUAUUGCCAUUUUUUUACAAGAAAACAGAUCAAAUUUUCCAGUGGUGCUUUCUGAAUAUCUCAUACCUAUUGUGGUGAGGUACCUCACAGAUCCAGACAAUCAGGUUAGAAAAUCAACUCAGGAAGUACUCUUGAUUCUUCUGGAACAAGACCUUAUUUUCCAGUAUGAUAUUGAAAACACAGUAUGUCCCAUUUUGCUGCAGCUCUCUGCCCUGGACAGUGAUGAUGAAUAUAAAGCAGAAGCCGUGAGCAUAAUCUGCAAAAUGGCUUCCAUGCUGAGUAAGAGUACAGUUGAACGCCUGCUACUUCCUCGAUUCUGUGAACUGUGUGGUGACGGGAAGCUCUUUCAAGUUCGGAAGGUUUGCGCUGCAAAUUUUGGUGAUAUUUGUCGUGCUGUUGGACAAGAAGCCACUGAGAAAUUUUUGAUCCCAAAGUUCUUUGAGCUCUGCUCAGAUGCUGUGUGGGGCAUGCGGAAAGCCUGCGCGGAAUGCUUCACGGCUGUGUCGCACAGCUCCUCCCCUGAGGUCCGCAGAACCCAGCUCUCCCCGCUCUUCAUCAGACUUGUCAGCGACCCUUGCCGAUGGGUGCGCCAGGCUGCCUUCCAGUCCCUCGGCCCCUUCAUUUCCACCUUUGCAAACCCCUCCAGGGCUGGCCUUUAUCUUGGAGAGGAUGGUACCCUGAGCAUCUGGCCACUCACCCAGGAUGUGGACUCUGGUUUUGCCUCUGGCUCACCCACUCCCAGAAGUGGUGGUAACACUUCCUCUGCCAGUUCAACAAAGCCUGUGCAGAUGGAGCCAGAGCUACCUGAGGAAGGUACCUCAGCGAAAACCAGUAACUUCUCUCCUAUCAGUAGCUCUGAUGGCCUAACGGAAAACCCCGUGGAAAGCUCAGUGUUGGCUGGGGCUGAGUUGACCAGGCUUUCCACAGAGGCCAGUGCCUUCUCAAAGCUUUCUGAUAUCAAUGACCUCCCCAUCAGCAGCCCCCUGGAUCAGAUUCCUGGGCCUGCCCAGGACAUAAGCAAGGACUUAGAGCUGUUUCUGAGUGAGGCUGGGCCUCAAGAGGAUGACUGCAGCAGACCCAAGACUGUGCACAACAGCUGUGUGGCCCAGAGUGAGAUCCAGAAAGUCCUUGAGAGUUUGCAGGAGCAUAUGCUGAAUGAUCCAGAUGUUCAAGCUCAGGUUCAGGUAUUAUCCGCUGCACUGAAAGCUGCACAGCUUGAUUCCGUGAAUGAACCCGAGAGCAAGCCGACAGCAGGUCUAAAUGAAGUGUCCAUUUCAGAUUCCAGCUCUGCCUCUGACAAUCAGAUCACUCUGUCGGCUUCAUCAUCUCACAAUGAGCUCUCCGUGGCCAGGAUAUUACAAAGCACAGAUGCAGGUGAACACAGAAAUGGAACCAGUGACCAUCUGGAGAUGGACCAGAGGCAGGAUCCCACCCCACUUGAAGAGAAUAAAUCAAAAUUACAGGAUAUAAUACCUCAGCCGCUGCUAGAUCAGUAUGUGUCCAUGACUGACCCAGCUCGAGCCCAGACUGUCGAUACUGACAUCGCCACACACUGUGCCUACAGCCUCCCAGGGGUGGCGCUGACCCUGGGCAGGCAGAAUUGGCAUUGCCUGAAAGAUACAUAUGAAACACUGGCUUCUGAUGUACAGUGGAAGGUGCGGCGAACCCUAGCCUUCUCCAUUCACGAGCUGGCUGUGAUUCUUGGGGAUCAGUUAACAGCAGCUGACCUGGUGCCCAUCUUCAAUGGAUUUUUAAAGGAUCUGGAUGAAGUGCGCAUAGGAGUUCUUAAACACCUGUAUGAUUUUCUAAAGUUGCUUCAUGAAGACAAGAGGAGAGACUAUCUUUACCAGCUUCAAGAAUUUGUAGUGACUGAUAACAGCAGGAAUUGGAGGUUUCGAUAUGAACUGGCAGAACAGCUGAUACUGAUUCUGGAACUCUAUAGUCCUAAUGAUGUUUAUGAUUACUUAAUGCACAUUGCCUUAAAGUUGUGUGCAGAUAAAGUUUCUGAAGUUCGGUGGAUCUCCUUCAAACUAGUUGUGGCAAUUCUGCAGAAGUUCUAUUCCAACAGCGAAAGUGCAUUGGGGUUAAAUUUCAUCCAUGAACUCAUCAUAAGGUUCCGGCACUGUUCUAAGUGGGUUGGAAGGCAAGCUUUCGCUUUCAUCUGUCAGGCAGUGGUGAGCAAGGAGUGCAUCCCCAUGGACCAGUUCGUGGAGCACCUGCUUCCCAGCCUUCUGAGCCUCGCAUCAGAUCCUGUGCCCAAUGUGAGGGUUCUGCUAGCCAAGGCCCUAAGGCAGGUGCUGUUGGAAAAGGCGUAUUUUAGAAAUGCCGGUAACCCUCAUCUUGAAGUCGUUGAAGAGACCAUCUUGGCUUUGCAGUCAGACCGGGACCAAGAUGUUUCCUUUUUUGCAACCCUAGAACCAAAGCGGCGGAAUACCAUAGACACUACUGUACUAGAAAAACAGAAUUAACUACUCUAUGAUGAAUCACAGUCUGGCUGUUUCAUGCUUGACACAUAUGGCUUAUAAUAACUUGAAGGGGAACUGAUUAUACUAUACCAGCUGGGGGAGAUUUCGGAACCUUUCAUACUGUGCACUCAAAGACUGAAUGAUUGACCCCUCUCCCAUCUGUACCCUGAAGGGACUGAAGCUGAUUAGGGCUUUUUCUGGAUGGCUGAGCCAUCCUGAUCAGUAAGUCUGUGGAAAGGCUGCAGACCAGGUGGCUAACUGGGCACUGGAGCCUCUGAACCAUCAGGCUGCUUGCUGGCACGUUAUUUUCUCCAUGGCAGACUGUGUGAUCUGAAGUCCCCCCACCCUUGCCGAGUAGUUUAUUAGAAGCUCUUAAGUCUUUUAUAGACCUGCAUAUUUCCUUCCCUAAUGGUUUCCUAUAAAAUAUAGCUUAUGGCAUUAUAUUUUAUUUUUAAAUGAAUUACUGUACUUAUAUAAAUAACUCUUGACAGGAAGAAAAUAUAUUAAUGUAGUAUUUGCCCCCAUCAGUGAGCUGAACAAAUAUAUCAUUUAAAUCUAUGCUCCACUUUGAGUUGCUACAAAUAUAGUUCAGUUUGUUUACUUUCAAAAAAUGUGAUAAAGAAAUCUAAAGAAUGAUUGAUGGCAGUCUUUCUCAUAUUGUGCCUUUGUUACAAUCUCUGCUGGAACUUUUCCUCAGACACGUACUCCUCCCCUCCUGACAGGAACUGUUUCCCGAAAGAUGUGUGUUGGCCUUUGAUGAUAGAGGCAUAAAGCUGAAAGAUUUUUCACUUUUACAUGGAUAUGCUAUCAUAUGUUUAAGAACUUGGGAGGGAGAUUGGUAACAUAUUUUUUCAUUUUUAUAUGGAUAUGUUAUAUGUCUAAGAACCUGGGAGGAAAAUUAAUAACCGAGAUGCAUGGAUAUUGACUUUAUAUCUAAUGCUUUAGAAUCUUAACCAAAAAAAGGAAAACCUGGUUCUGAUCAGAACCUGCCCACAAGUUCUAUGCACCUGUGAUUUUGGAGGUCAAAUGAAAUACUCUUCAAAUUGACUUAAGAAGUACACAACUCUUAGAGUUCAUGCAUUUAAAAUUUUGACUAAGAAAGAUGCUCUAGAAUUUCACCAGGUUUUUAAAAAUUAAUAGUUUAAGAUUUUCUAACCAUUUGAACAAAUUUCACAUACAUGUAUGCACAUGUCAUUUUUCUUGUUUCUAUUUUUAUGUUCUCAGAGGUAGAAUAAGGGAAGAAAGGAGGAAACGGCCCAUUUGGGGUUUCAGCACUAGCUCUGCUGGGGGUUUGUAAGCUAUUUUUAUUCUUUCCUUCGAUCUUUUUCUUGUUUGUAUUGUCUUUAUUUUUUAAGGAAAUUUUUGAAGCUAUGUAUUGAAUUUCCUAGUAUACAGGGUGUUACCCCCACCUCCAAAUUCUAUUUAAGUAAUUAUUUUAAAAGAAAGACAGGAGUAUAUACACCAUGGUAAAAAUAAUAAUAAUAAUGAUAAGGUUCAUGUGUGAGACUUACAAACCGUACCCCAGGGUGGCAUUUAGGCAAUGUCUAAAAGUGAGUUAAUAAGUCAGUUAAUAAACUGGAAGCUACGUAUUUUUAAAAAAAUGGUCAAUUUGUCUUGUGUUUAAUAUUUGCCUGAAGUAAAUGGAGAUAUUGUUUUGCCUUGGUAAGUAGCAAUUUUUAAUUUUUUUAUUGCCUACAAAUUGAGAGUGUUUUUUAAAAAAUCUGUGGGUCUAGCAGCAAGUAGAAUUAUUCAGCUGGAAUCUUGUAUUCUAUACAGAGCUUAAUUUUCCAUUAAGGAAAAAAAUGAGCUUCAGUUUGUGUUGUGAUGUGUAUAAUUUGCAUGCUGAAUCACAACGUGCUUGGAGAGCUUGUAGACUCUUUGGUAAAUAAUCUAACCUUUACAAUUUCAGUUUCUACGUUAACAUUUUUCUAUAAUAUGAGUUCCUUUCCAAUGCAAGGAUAUUUUUCAUGGCAGUAAUUUCUCUGUAAAAAUAAUUUUUAAGCUUACAUUUUACUCAUUUUUGCAACAACUGAGAUUUUUCCAAGACUGUUCUGUUUCCUCCUGCCCUCAUAGCUGCCACCCCCAUCACUUCAGCACUUGUGUUUUCUUAUUAUUCAUGGGUACCAUGUUGAGUGUUUGUAAUUUGACCACCACAGGUAAGCUUCCUGUUUACUUGAACGCGCAGCCUCAUCUCGGGUGAAUGAAUGGAAAAUCACAGAUGAGUUUCUUCCAGGCAGAGCUGACUCCAAAGGUAUCUUAACAAUAGAACCAUCCCAGCCUUUCUAGAGUGGACAUUUCCCCACUUAAGAGUGUUUAUCAGCAUCUUUCUGCCAUCAAGAAUUCAAGAGCAUUUUCAAAAUUGAUAGAUUUUGAUGCAGUUUUGCAAGUUUCCAUGAAAGGCUGCCUCCCACUUCUGGGGUCCACUCUCAAGUCGGGACUAGAUUUGCUUCAGGGAGUCAUGUUUAUGAAAUGUUUUUUUUUUUCGUUCAUGGUAGAAGUGUUUUUAUAACGAAAGUCUGCACUUUACAACUCUGUAGGCCAUGCAUGCAAUGGACUGAGAGCCUUGUUCACGUGUAAUUCCUCCAGGUAACUCAUCCCAAUUUAUGCAAAGAUCGUAUUUUAAACAGACGCGGAGAAGUGAUAACCUUUUCCUAACAGCAGCAAGAAUGCCCCUUCCGUUUGCCUGGUGAAAAGAACUGACAUUAACAGCAGCUUGGAGGCUGCAAGGAGGUGGGGACAUGGCCUGAGCUCCGGCCAGGGGCCCAGUGCAGGUCAUCGGAGCGUGGCCGCUCGGCGAUGUCUCUGUAUUUAUCAAUAAAUCUCCCGGUUGUUUUGAGCAC